GUCCAACCUAGGUUGAUUAAUCCACUGAAGAAUUUGAGACGUCUUGGGCUCAAGCUUGUGGUGGAGUUUUUUUCUGAUCAUGAGACUUACAGCUUUAGUAUGGAAGAGAUCAAUGCCAUUUUCCAUGCAGUGGUAUGGCCUCAGAUCUGCAGAUUGGCUUCAGAGAGUCAGUAUUCUCCAACUUUUCUGCUCAAACUCAUUCACACCUGGAGUAAGAAUCCCAGGUAUUUCCCCUUGCUGGCCAAGCAGCAACCAAAUCACCCAGAGUGUGAUAUACUUUCAAAUGUGUUUGCUGUGCUGUCAGCCAAGAAUCUGUCUGAGGCCACAUCCAGUCUUGUGAUGGACAUAGCUGACAGUCUUCUCAACAGCCCAGAUUUUGAACCCACGGAGCAGGUUUCCAGUUUGAGUGUAACUGACUGUGCUGUUACAAUCACUAGAGAAGUGACAGAAGAGACCCUCACCCUAGGUUGCCGCUUGGUUAUGCCUCAUGUUCCUGCCAUACUUCAGUACUUCAGCAAAACAAUGUUAAAUGUGGAGAAGGUGAAAAAGAAGAAGUAUAGAGCUCAAGUCAGCAAGGAGCUGAGUAUACUUUCUAAGAUCAGCAAAUUUAUACAAGAAAAGAAUCAGAAUUCAGUGCUUGUGAGCCUUCUCCUCCCUUUCCUUUAUCAGAGUAACAUGGAGCAGGGUACAGAGAUUGACAUUCUGGAGACAAUACAGAACUUGCUGCAGCAUUGCUCAAACCCUGCAAGCUUUCUUAAACCACUGGCAAAGCUUUUUUCUGUCAUCCAGAACAAACUGUCUCGACAUAAGUUGUGUUUGGUAUUUCAGACUUUAUCUGAUUUGGAUAGUGAAUUGAAGUAUGUUACUGAUGUUGUUAAGCUGAAUGCCUUUGAUCAACGACAUCUCGAUGAUGUCGAUUUUGAUGUACGUCUGUCAGCAUUCCAGUCAAUCACAGCCCGCAUCAAGGAAAUGCAAAGAGUGGAUAUCGACUUCCUCAUCCCCGUUCUGCACAACUGUUUCUAUACCAUCCAGCUAGGGGAUAUGGCUCUUAGUGACAACGCAAGCAUUUGCUUGACAAGUUUUAUCCACCGACUGGCAGAAAUUGACCACACAGAUGAUGACUACAAGGAGCUAAUCCAGCAUACUCUCCUGGAAUCUAUGAGAAGGGGUCUGAAGAGUAAGACUGAGAGCAUCCAGCAGGACUAUACGUCAUUGCUUUCCUGCCUCAUUCAAACAUUCCCAGCAAAUCCCGAAUUCCGGGAUUUGGUCCAGUUGACGAACCACCAUGAUCCCGACAUGGAUUUCUUUGAGAACAUGAAACACAUACAGAUCCACAGGAGAGCACGAGCUCUGAGGAAACUGGCUAAGCAGCUCACAGAAAAAAAGCUUGUGCUGUCUUCUAAAUCCCUGCAGAACUACAUCAUGCCUUAUGCUACUACUGCCAUUUUUAAUGAAAAAAUGCUUAAGCAUGAAAAUAUGGUAACAGCCUCAGUUGAAGUUGUUGGAGCUGUCUGCCAUCAUCUCUCAUGGUCAGCGUACUUGUACCACUUAAAGCAUUUCAUCCAUGUCCUGCAAACAGGACAGAUCAGUCCAAAGCUGGGAGUCAGCUUGUUAGAGACAGUGCUGGAAGCCUUUCACUUUGACUAUGAAACACUUGAAAAACAGCUUGUGACCAUUGACAACCAAGAAGCUGCUGCCAUGGACCUUGAGCCAGCAGUGGAAGCUGAAGAAACCAUGGAGCUGGAGCAGAGUGAAGGGGAAGAAGAGGUGGUUGAGGAGAAGAAAAGCAAGAAUCUCCCUGAGCAGCCGGCAGAACCUGAGCAAGCAGCUGAGACAUCUGAAGAUGCUGAGCAAGUGACCAAACCUGUUUCUUUCUUACCCCGAAAUAAAGAGGAGCUGGAGUGUCUGAUCAAACACAUUCAAGAUACAGUUACAGUCAACAUCUUGCCUAAAUUGCACAGGUGUAUUGCUGCAAAGGUUAAAAGAGAUGAGGAACACAAGCUUGUGAAAUCCAACGUUGUGAAUGAUGAUGAGGUAGUUCGUAUUCCAUUAGCUUUUGCAAUGGUCAGGAUGAUGCAGUGUCUUCCCAAAGAAGUGAUGGAAGCCAACCUGCCAAGCAUCCUGCUGAAAGUCUGCACAUUCCUGAGGAACAAAUUCCAAGAAAUCCGGGACAUUGCCCGCAACACCCUCACUAAAAUCAUGGAAGUGCUGGGAGUGCAGUACCUUCUGUACAUCUUAAAAGAGAUGCAGUCCACUCUUGUCCAUGGAUACCAGCUCCAUGUGCUGACUUUCACUGUGAACCUGUUACUGAAGGGCCUUACUACCAGGCUCAGUGCUGGUGAUUUGGACCCCUGCUUAGAUAUCCUGAUUGAGAUUUUCAACCAAGAGUUGUUUGGGAAUGUAGCUGAAGAGAAGGAAGUGAAGGGAAUUGUCUCCAAGGUCAUGGAAGCGCGCAAGAACAAGAGUUAUGAUUCCUAUGAAAUACUUGGAAAGUUCAUAGGAAAGGGCCAGAUGACAAAACUUAUUCUGCCACUGAAAGAGAUUCUGGAGAGCACCACAAGCUUGAAGAUAGUCCGGAAGGUGCAUGAGGCACUGCGUCACAUCAUGCAAGGGCUGAUCUCCAAUAUGGACAUGAACGCAGAGUCCCUUCUCCUGCUCAGUCAUGGUCUCAUCAGUGAAAACUUGCCUUUGCUCACUGAGAAGGCCAGAAAAGAAGUUGCCACUCCUCCAGAUCCUCGUCUGCAACCAGAGAGCUGCCUGCUGCUCCAGCCCGCUCCCAUGAGAGGAGGGCAGAAAGCACGUGUCAGCAGCAGGACUAACACAUAUAUCUUGGUUGAUUCAGGGCUUCGGCUGCUGCACAUGAGCCUGAAGAGGUCCAAAGUAAAUUCUUCUGAGGAGCAUGCUUUGGAAAUGUUAGACCCUUUUGUUCAGCUGCUUCUAGACUGCCUGAAAUCUAUGGAUGUCAAGGUGAUAACUGGGGCUCUGCAGUCCUUGGUAUGGAUUUUGAAGUUCCCUUUGCCUUCUGUCAGUACAAAUCUGGAGCCACUGAUCAAGCAGCUUUUCCUGUUGCUGAAAGAAUUUGCCAAGACAGGAAUAGCCAAAGGCCAGAAUUUCCACCUGGUUGUGAGCUGUUUCAAAUGUGUAACAAUACUUGUGAAGAACGCAAAGAGUCAGAUAACAAGCAAACAGCUCCAAGUGUUGCUUGGCUUUGCUGAAGAAGACAUUUAUGAUUCAUCACGCCAAGCCACUGCCUUUGGCCUUCUCAAGGCUAUUUUAUCCAGGAAGCUGAUUGUCCCUGAAAUUGAUGAUGUGCUGAAGAAAGUUGCCCAGCUGGCCAUCACAGGUCAGAGUGAGCCAGUACGAGUCCAGUGCAGACAGAUUUACUUAAAAUAUAUUCUGGACUACCCCCUUGGUGACAAGCUGAAAGCCAAUCUGGAUUUCAUACUCGCACAACUGGAGUAUGAAUAUGAAACUGGAAGGGAAUCCGCACUGGAGAUGAUUGCAUACCUCCUUGACACAUUCCCAAAGGAUCUCCUCCACAAAUACUGUGGGCUGUUUUUUCUCUCUCUUUGUAUGAUGAUGAUAAAUGAUGACUCUGCCAAAUGCAAAAAGAUGGCGGCUUUGACGUGUAAAUCUCUCCUGAGUAAGAUAAACAAUGAAAAACAAGAUCUGAUGCUUUCGCUGGUCACAGAGUGGUUUCACAGCAAGAAGAGCUCCCACAGGAGGCUGGCUGCCCAGGCAUGUGGUUUGUUUGUUGAAGUGGAUGGGGUAAGGUUUGAACGGCGGCUUGAAGCUGUCCUCACGUUGAUUGAAAAAGAAAUCAACCCGGUUCAAUUUGAAGACAUAACUGAAGAGGAGGAGGAGAAGGCUGCAGAUAGGCUGCUAUUCAGCUUUCUUGUGCUGGUAACAAAGCUAAUCACAGAGUGCAACUUGAUUCACUUAACCAAGAACAGUGAUGUUCUGAGCAAUAUCUGGGGUCAUGUCCAGUCUCACCUGUGGUAUCCUCACAGCUGGGUUUGGCUGACAGCUACUGAGAUCUUUGGCUUGCUGUUUGCAUCUUACAAGCCAGAAGAUCUUGUCAACAAGUGGAGGGAAAGAAAAGCAGGGAAGAGGAAAAAAACAUCAGCAGAGCUGUGUGCGUCAACAGUCUUCUUGACUGCUGAAUUGGACAAAAAGAUGAAGGAACUCGCGUUUGCAUUCUGCCAUCAGCUGCAGUCCAAGUUCCUGGACCUGUCCCUGGGAGAGCAGGUUAUAAAGAAUUUGCUUUUUGUGGCCAAAGUUCUUUACUUGCUAGGCCCUGCCUCAGAAGAAGGUAAAGAGGCCGAAGGAGAACUUGGCUGUGAAGUGGAAGAGCAGGAGGCUUCCGAAGAUGAGAGAGAGAAAGACAUUUCUGCUCAGGGGGAGGAAGAAAAAGAAGACAAAGAAGAGAAAGGCCAGCCAGCCACAUUGCUGUGGUUAAUGAGGAAGCUCUCUCUCAUGGCAAAGCGAGAAGCGGCAUAUUCCCCUAAGGUCCCUUUAAAGAGAAGCUGCAUCUUUAAGUUCCUGGGAGCAAUCUCGGUCGAUCUUGGAAAAGACAGGAUCAAGCCCUACCUUCCAACAAUUCUGACCCCUCUGUACCGGGAGCUGAACAGCACCUAUGCAGAGCAAGAUCCAACACUGAAGAACCUUUCCCAAGAAAUCAUAGAACUACUCAAGAAGUUGGUCGGACUGGAGGCUUUUUCACUUGCCUUUUCUUCUGUGCAGAAACAGGCCAACCAGAAAAGAGCCAUGAGGAAAAAGCAGAGGGCUUUGCAGACUGUAGCAAACCCUGACAUCGCUGCACGGCGGAAGCUGAAGAGACAUAAGAAUAAAGCAGAAACCCGGAAAAGAAAAAUAGAAUCCCUGCGCCCGACCUACAAGGCCAAGAGAACUCGAAGUCAUGCACUGAAAGAUUUAGCAAUGGUGGAAUGAAAAGGCUUUUUCUUCCUGAAGGAUUAAUUUAUAAAGUGAUUUCAAGCUAAAGAAACUAAUUACAGUUAAAAAAAAGUAUUUCCAUAUUUUAAUUGUAUUUAUUAGUAUUUUUCCAUGUCCUCUUUUCAUCUAGGAUCUCAAGUAAAAGCUUUUCAAUUUUUUCCAAGUCUGUAUAUUUAUGUACAGUUGAAUGGACAACCACCAUGAUCUUUUAUAUUAAAUUUGACUUCCUUUUUAA